AUCAAAUCGUCUGUUGCUUAAAGGAAUGCUGACAACUUCAUCCAUGUUGUUUCGUGUCAGAAAAUAAGCCGAAAAGUUGGAAGAAAUCUUGUAACUCUGGUUCUUAAAGAGUAGAGAUAUUAUUGAAUAUAGAAUACAAAAUUAUCAAAAAUGUUUUUGUGGGACUGGUUGACAGGAAUGCUCAGUUUUCUAGGUUUUGGCAGGAAGAAUGGUAAGUUGAUAUUUCUAGGUCUGGACAAUGCUGGAAAGACAACAUUACUGAGUGUUCUGAAGGAGGGUCACAUGGUGCAGCCUGUCCCCACACUACACCCUACAUCAGAAGAGUUAUCAAUGGGUGGUAUGAGAUUCACAACAUUUGACCUUGGUGGUCAUCAGCAAGCUCGUCGUGUAUGGAAGGAUUAUUUCCCAGCUGUAGAUGGUAUUGUGUUCCUUAUAGACACAUUUGAUAGACAAAGAUUUGUGGAAGCAAAGGCAGAAUUAGAUAGUUUAUUGACAGAUGAACAGGUAGCAAAUGCUCCUGUUUUGAUUUUAGGCAACAAAAUAGACAUCCCCGGUGCUGCUAGUGAAGAUGAAAUCAGAAUGCAAUUUGGUCUACAUGGUCAGACAACAGGAAGGGGUACAGUAGCAAGACGUGAUCUCCCGGGUAGACCUAUGGAACUGUUUAUGUGUAGUGUGUUAAAACGACAGGGUUAUGGUGAAGGAUUCCGUUGGUUAGCACAAUAUAUCAAUUAAAGAAAAUAUAAUUAUAUAUAAAUAUAUAUGAAACAGAUAUUGGGUGUGUGUACAAGGAUUUUCAACGCGAAACAAAUAUGCAGCAACAUAAACUACAAGAGGCAACGGUCAUCUGGCCUGUCAUUGAUUCGAUACUUCGAAGGAAUAAUAAAUUCAUAAUAAAAACACCAAGCUGCAAUAAGUUUGCAUCAAGAGAGUUCUUAUUGUUAUAGCCCAUACAAUAUAUUAAAUGGUUUUAGAAUUCAGCUUAAAUGAUUAAAGAACAUAUCUAUAAUGUCAGAUGUUUACUCUAGUUGUUAAAAAAAGUUUAAGAAUAAUGGGCUUUUUUAUUUACAGUUUUAACAAGAAAGAGUAAGGGUUUGGGGAGAUAUCUGGUCAGUUGCAAUUUCCUAUUUCUAUACUAAAUAAUUCAUAUUAAAUUUGACAUUAUCAUAUAGGCAGAGAUACUUUGUCAUGUUUUUCUAUUUAUCAUACAGAUUGUUGAACCUUAUUUUAAGUAUGAUUAUGUUAGUUUUAUGUGUUCUAAAUUGGAUAAAGUGCUUAAAUGGGUUAUUUAUUCUAACUGACCUGAAACAUAUUGUGCAUAAAUUUAACUAUUUUUAAUGUCCUCUUUGUGAUUAAUUAUUUUCAGCAAUGAUUCUUCUUUGUUGCUUGAUUACAAUAAGGCCUGAAAAACAUCAUAAAAUGGCAAAAUAAACUGGUGAUACACCAUUUAAAAUAUGAUGUCAUUAAUUGACGUCACAUAGGAGUAUUGACGUCAUGAUGUCAAAUAUGAAAAGUGUAAUUUGUAGAAAUAUUGUACAGUAAUAUUACAAUGAAAUCAAGCGAUGUCAAAUGAUAAAUGGUAAAUUUAAAUACAAGCCCUGGUGAUAGGGUGGUACUAAUUGCAGACUUAUUGCACCUUGAUAAUGUAAGCAUUAUGUGAUAUUCCUGUACACAUACAGUUGAGUUUAUGUUAACCCUUACCUUGCUGACAUUGUUGAAAUGGACUAGUCCAGAUUUGAAGUUGGAACAGCCCAUUGUUAAUUUAAGGGCUGUAAUCAUCAAAAUAACAAGAUCAAGCAGAGGACAGUAAAAAACCUGGCCAGACUGUUUGCAUUGUAAAUACAAUAUCGUCCUAAGAAAGGCAUUGUAAGGGUUAACUUAUUUUGAUUACUUUAAUUUUUAACUAACCAAAAUUGAUCUUUACUUUCUUUACCUUUGAUAUUAGGCAUUGUUUUCUUUGUGUAUAAAUUAUUCUGCUUGUGAUUUCUAUCAAAUACCUCUUUUCUUUUGGUCUUACAAAUUUGUAUGUUUUAAGUUCUAGAUUUAAAUGCUAACAUUUUCAAUGAUUCAAUUUUUUCAAACCUUCAUUCAGCUUGUAGAAGGUCUUAGUAAGGGUUAAAUUUUUAAAACUGUGUUUCUUUUUUAAGAAGGAAACAAGAAUAGGCUGCAAUUAUUUAGUUCAGGUGAUCAUUUAAAAAAAAUCUAAAUUUGAUUUAUCAUUAUGAGUGUCUCAGUUAGAGAUACUAUAAGCUUUAAAUUUAUUAUGUCACAUGACAAAAGUUAAAUAUGAAAAAAAAACUGCAUUUGAAAUAAAAACAAUAUUGAUUAGGAGAGUAAUAGGGCAGUGCCUUGAUAUAAAAUCUCUUGAGUUUUAUUUUGUUGGGGUGGGGUGUGAUGAAUAUGUCGAUUUCUGCUAACUUGCCCCCUCAUUUCUGCGUUGACAUCCUGUGACUGGAGUCUUUAAAGUACAUUUUGUAAAUCUUGAAUAAAAAUGGCUGCACUUAGAACAAUCAAUUGUACUUGAAUGUUAUUUUAUUUUGGUCAUGAAGAUCUGUGUUCAUCAAGAAUGAUGUUGUUAUUAUAACAUUCUUAACAAAACAUAAUCUUAUUCUUUUUUCAUCAGUGUCUUGUAAUUUGUAAGUAUUGUAAUGGAAGUAAUGUUACUAAAAGCUUACAAAAUCAAAUUGUAGAAUAAUUUUGAAUUUAUAAAAGAGAAGAGAUUUACUGUUAUACAAAGGCAAUAUAUGCCUUUCUUUCAUGUGAAUACAUGUUUAUUUUAUGUAUAUGUGUAUGUAUGUGUGUUUGUGUAAUUAAAUACUUGGUAAAACAUAUUUUUAUCUUUCUCUUGAGCAAACUGUGCUUUAAAUAAAUUGUUUCAUUUUUUUGUCAAAUUAGAUUUCUUUUAUGAUGUAUUUUGUUGUUUUACACGCAAACUGUAUUUGACAGCAAUAUAGGCCAUUUGACAUGAUACACAGGUAUCAUGUUAUUGUAUGUCGCGUUUUAUUUAUUUCUCUUUAUUUUGGGGUGGCUGCUUUCUUUUUCUACACGUUUUUCUCUGGUGGUAAAUGAGAGGUAUGUAUCUCAAAAUUUUAUAAAGAUCAUAUUGUGACUUUAAGAUUCUUCUGCAUAUAUAUACAUCACACUGCCCUAAUAACUAUAGUCUAUUGCAGUAUAUGGUUAAAAUAUAAAUCCAUGAAAAGGUUCUUUCAUCCAUGGUUGAUUAAGGUUGCUGACUGAAAAUGACUUUACCAUCACUGCCGCAGAUUCAGUUCCUGGCAGGGACUUUGAUUCUUCCAAAUGAGGGAGAUUCCUGGUAGCUUUACUUAGGAAAGUUGGCACUUCUGCCCCUGUUUUGUGCCUGAAAUGAUGCAUGACAAGACACAUUGGGUCUUCUCCAAUACAGCUUGAAAGAUGCCAUAUGAAUUUUAAAGUGUUGCUUUGGCUUAAAAGUUAAAACCCUACAAAAAAAGUGGGGGGGAAAAUGAGUAAUGCAACUUCAUGCAACACUUUAAACAGUUGGGUAUUUUACAUAAAAAAAUUACAAUGUAUAUCAUCAAAAAUUAUUUUAGUCAUACCUUAAAGAUAAAUUUUUGUAAUGCAUGAUUUAAAUAUGAGUCUCUGUGUGAUCUUUAUCAGAUUAUGAGUUUUUAUAUGAUCCAUGUACAUACAAAAAUGUUUUACCCAUUGUGGCUUAACAUGUAUAAGUACAAGGGAAAAUUUACAUCAUGUCUGACUGGUUGUAUUGUCCAUUGUUCAUUUAUCUUGCCUUGUGUAAAAUGCUAAAUUUAGACAGGAAAAUAACAUUCUUAUCACCAUCCUAGAUCCUAACAUGAGAUCAUAAUGUCCUCCAUCUUGACCUCAUGAUAUACUGUAACAAUGUGUACUAGAUUAUGACCUUUUAGUUCUAUGUAUGUUUUAUGUAAUAAUAAAUAUAUAGCUAUUAUUUCCUUAUUUAAAACGUAAUAAUAAUCUGAUGUUAGAAAAUAUUAUAGGGUACCUCUCCAGGUUCUUAUAGAAUCAAAAACAAUCUAUAAAUUGUAAAAAAAAAAAUUAAAAGUACAUUUAUAACAUUGUGAUUCUUUUGAGCCUAGUUUGCUUUUUUUGUUUUUUUGAAUCCUAAGUUAUUGAAGUUUGUAAACCCUGCAUUACCUUAAUGAUUUGUGUGGUUUGCUAUGUGUUUUAAGUAGAACAAUUAGAAACAAAAUCAGGUUUUUUUAGAGUUAUUUUGAAAAUCUUGAGUAUUAUUUUGUGUGUGUUCAUUCCAUAAACACUUUUUGAAUAAUUACCAAGAAGAUUAUAUGUUGACAUUAAUGCUUAGAUUUUGUUUUCAAGGACCAUUUUAGUGUUAUUUUCUUUUUCAUUGUUCAAAUAUUGUAUGAAAAUUAGAGAAUUAGAAAUUUUUAAAUCAGAAUCACAUCAGAUUAAAUAAAACAAAGGUAUUUUCUGAUACGAGACAAGGUACCAGUCUGUGAGAGAUGAAAUGUGCAGUUUAAAUUUAUUUAUGAUAUAAAAUUGUCACAUAUCUUUACUCAACUUGACAAAAUUUUCAAUACACAUGUAUAGCAAACAGUUGGGGUCCUUUUUUGAUCCAGUAUGGUUUAUUGCGUUAUAUAUUUGAUUUUAAACUUUCUGUAAUAUAAAUGUUUCCUUGUUUAAAUGUCCAUGUAAAAAAUGAUAUUUCACAAUUUUAAACAGUUGAUUACAUGCCAUUGUUUAUACACUCUUGAUUACAUGUGUAUAAACAAGUCUACUUCCUGUUAUUGCAAGAAAGGUACAAGUUGAAAUAUAUAUAUAUAGGCUGCCAAGAAAGGUACAGUAAUUGGAAGUAACAGGUGCUUGUAAUGGCAAGACAUUGUACACAUUCAACUGUAUAAACUUGCAAGACAGGGUACAGUGAUUUUGUUUAUCCACUAUUGAAUUUUUCUUAAUUUGAAACAUGUAAUGCUUUAGACCCCUUUUUCUACGCUCUUCCGUUACAUUUCUUGUAUAAAUUGACUUGAUCUAUUUGUCGAAACAGAUUGCUUUGUAAUUAGAUUUGCUUACAACAUCUAGGAUCAUUUGUCUUAUUUUUAUCUUCAGAUACUGUACAAAACUUAUAAUUGUAUACAUUACUAAUUUUGUUAGGAGUGCAUGGUUGUCGUAUAUUUUAAAAAAAGCAAGAAUUAUUGCAAAUUUAUCGAACCAUUGUCAAUAGUUUGUAUAAUAUUAAUAAUAAUAAUGAUGAUAAACCAUAUGUUCAGUAAAUAUUGUUAAAGCCAC